AUGGGAGAACGUGGGUUUGCUAUCAAGGCAGAUGCGACCAAGACAGCGUGGGAGUCGGACGAGUUUCCACUACUUUGUGAGAGCUGUUUAGGGGAGAAUCCUUACGUGCGUAUGAUGAAAGAGGCUUAUGGUAGCGCUUGCAAGAUUUGCGCUCGCCCUUUUACAGUCUUUCGCUGGAAACCGGGCAAGCGCGCGCGUUACAAAAAGACAGAAGUGUGCCAGACUUGUGCGCGCAUGAAGAAUGUAUGUCAAUGCUGUGUUUUGGAUCUACAAUAUCAUUUGCCGGUGCAGGUACGCGAUACUGUCAUGGCUAGGGAGGAGGGAGGAGAUCAACUGGCGAUAAACGUUCCCGAAAGCGACGCCAACCGCGAAUGGUUCUCACAGCAGCACAGCCGCAUGUUGGAGCAGGAAGGACUAGUAUCGGCAUAUGGGAAAGCAUCAGGAUCAGCCAACAAUGCACUACUGCGAAUUGCUCGUCGUGAACCGUAUUACAAGCGCAAUCGUGCACACUUGUGCUCAUUCUACGCACGAGGAGAGUGCAAUCGGGGUGACAAGUGUCCAUAUCUGCAUGAGAUGCCACGUGAUAAGGACGAUCCUCUGGCAAGACAGAAUAUCCAAGAUCGUUACUAUGGCAAGAAUGACCCUGUCGCAGUGAAGAUGCUUAAUGGACCGAAGCAACGAGAUGCCGAAGCCACCUCCUCCUCCUUCUGGCAAGAAGCCACCUCUCCCUCCCGGUCCUCCGCCAAUUCCAGCCAAAGUGGCUCAGGAAGAAAAGAUAAAGGGUUGAAUGGCACUCACAGAGUCAGUCAUCAUGUAGUCGAACUCCGUAAAGCAUUAAAGCUUUUCGACAGGCAGCAUCUUGAGCAGCCGAAAUGGCACUAA